UUGAAUCAUUUGUUCUUGGUGGCGGUUCAAUUCAAAGCUGGCUGACAAGUCUUUGAAUUUGAAAGCUACUUCUUGAAUUAACCAAAUCAUAAGCACUUUUGCUGAUUUGGGUUGAUAGUAGCACAUGGGUUGGUGCCAUUUCUUGUGAUCGUUUAGAGAGAGAUAGGAGAGAGAGAGAUAGGAGAGAGAGAGAGAAGGAUGAAGAUGGAGGGUGCCCCCCAGAAGGCCAUAGAAGUGAGGGCGUUGGAGGCACUUGGGCAGGGAUUCGAUUUGAGCAGCGAUUUCAGGCUCAAGUUUGCGAAAGGGUUGAAGGGAGGUGAUGGGAGGUUGGUAGUGCUGAAUGAGGCUAGUAAGAGGGACAUUGUGAUUCCAAAUGCUGGAGGAGUUGUCAUUCGUGGAGUUCCUCAGGAUAUUAGUUGCGAUAAAGGCGAUCGAAUUCGGUUCAAAUCCGAUGUUCUUGAAUUAAAUCAGAUGUCGGAGCUACUUAAUCAGAAAUCUUCUGUGCAAGGGAAAAUUCCUUCAGGCUAUCUUAAUGCCAUUUUCGAUUUAACUGGAGACUGGCUUCAAGAUGCUGCAGAAACCAAAUCUCUUGCUUUCGAUGGUUUCUUCAUUUCAUUAUACUAUCUGCAACUAACAGCAUCUCCAUUAAUAUUGCAUAACAAAGUACAGAAAUCUGUUCCAUCUCGUUGGGAUCCAGCCGCAUUAUCUAGGUUCAUCCGUUCAUAUGGGACACACAUAAUAAUAGGAAUGGCUGUUGGAGGUCAAGAUUUAGUUUGUGUCAAACAGAAAUAUUCCUCACCGGUUCCCACAGCUGAUGUCAGAAGACGCCUGGAGGAUCUUGGGGAUUUCCUAUUUUCAGGCGGAAGCCCUUCUUUACUACGGGGAAAAACAAGAGAUGGACGACAUAAAGUUCCAGAUGUAUUCGAUCCUAUUUUGCAGACAAACACUAUGCAGUUAACCACUUUUCCCGAAACAUCAAGCAAGGAUGGUCUUACUAUGAUUUUCUCAAAACGAGGAGGGGAUGUGUUCUCGAAUGGUCAUUCCAAUUGGCUCCAGUCAGUGCUUACUGAACCAGAAGCUAUCCUCUUUAAGUUUGUACCUAUUACUUCUCUUCUUACUGGGAUUCCAGGAAGUGGCUAUCUUAGUCAUGCAAUCAACUUGUAUCUACGUUACAAGCCUGCUCCAGAGGAUUUACAACAUUUCUUGGAGUUCCAAGUUCCUAGGCAAUGGGCACCUAUGUUCUGUGAGAUGCCUCUAUCGCUUCAACGUAAAAAGGCCACCUGUCCUACCUUGCAAUUCAGUUUAAUGGGUCCUAAGAUCUAUGUUAACUCUACACAGGUUUCAACUAGUCAAAAGCCAGUUGUUGGCCUACGCCUGUACUUAGAAGGGAAAAGACGAAAUCGGCUAGCCCUACAUGUACAACAUCUCUCGAGCCUUCCAAAUACUAUGGAUCUUUCAGUGGGUAGUACCAGCACAAGGCCAAGCUGGUGGCGGGGUUCUGACGACUCUGAGUUGAGCAACCAGUUCUUAGAGCCAAUUAAUUGGAAGAGAUAUUCGAAAAUUUGUUCGUCUGUAGUCAAGCAUGACCCCAACUGGUUGAAGGGAGAUUCAGAUGGCGUGUACAUUGUAACUGGUGCACAGCUCCUUAGCAAAGGGAAAUGGCCCAAGACAGUACUUCACCUUCGUCUGCAUUUUUCCCACGUGCCCAAUUGUGGAAUCCGGAAAACUGAGUGGGCUGCGGUACCAGAGGCUUCUCACAAAUCAAGUUUCCUUACGAAUCUGAGCACAACGUUCACCUUCACUCAGCGGACAGUAACUGAUCAGCAAAAACAGGAUCCAGCUGCACUUAAUUCGGGUGUAUAUCCAGAUGGACCACCCAUGCUAAAUCACUCUUCAAAGCUUCUUAAAUACGUGGAAACAGCGGAGGUUGUCCGUGGCCCGCAUGAUGCUCCGGGACAUUGGUUAGUAACAGCUGCUAAACUAGUAAAAGAGGGAGGUAAAAUUGGUUUACAUGUAAAGUUUGCCUUGUUAGAUUAUUGGUGAAGUGCAGUUUUGUUUGUACAUUUAGAGUGGAAAGAAUAGUAGUCAUUCUUUGUUUUUAUGUUUUUCAUUUCAAGGUUUUUGUAUUUAAUAAAUAUUAUAAGGGUGUAUAUGUAAUAAUAUUGUGCGUAGGGAGGGAGUUGUUAGAGUAAAAUUAUAUGUAAGGACUAAGGGCUGACUGUCUUAGCUCAGUUCUCAUACAUACCAAUUUGGAUUACCCAAUUGCUGCUUGGUAAAAGAGUUCUUUGGUUA